AUGAGUGCACGAGCGCGCACAUUCGUGAUACGAAAAGAGCAGUCCUACUUGGACUGGAACAAGUACUGUGUCGAAGCGCUGAAGAGAAGCAAAGAAGAGAUAAGGCAACGUGGUGGUCAAUGUUAUCGCUCUGUGACUGACAAAGUCAAAGUGCUCAUACGGUUUCUUCAAAUCUAUGGGUGGCCUAUUUUUGUCGGCGUUGUUGGCUGUUUGGUAGGGGUAGGCGCGGGUGUCGCGGUUGGAAUUGCAAUUGGAGGAGUUGCAGGUGCAGGCAUUGGGCUUGCUGCUCUCCCAGUUGUAGCAGGCAUCGUUGCCACCUUGGUUCAUGUACGCCGCUCCACUGUCGAUCGAAGCGACGACGGCGAUGAUGAUGAUGAUGCGGUAGAAAUACUAGAGGCCAACGGCGGCAGAGAUGGAGCAUUUCGAACGGCAUGGAAAUUAUACAAGAACCGUGAAUUGAUGGUAAAGAUCAAGCGAUUGUUGGAACCUUACAAAACUCGUUUCGACCGAUUGCAACCUGGAUCGUUGCCGAGCAAUCGGCGACAACUGAAUUAUGUAUUUAUCGAAUGUUGUCAUACCAUCAUUCGUGAUCUUUAUGAAGCCGAAAUCAUGCUCGACGGUAAGGUUUAUUGA